AUUAAAAUAUUUACAUAAACAUCUUACAGUCAGCUUAAACCUUCUUGUGAAAAUCUCAAUGGACAUUUCUUUCGUCGUCUAUUUUUAAAUUCUUUUUUCAUUUUCAAAAUUUGUUUAGCACACACUUUUUUGCUUGAUUCUUGCGUGUAUCUAUUGCAACGUGUAAUAGUCCUUUUCGGUUACUUAUUUCACCUGUCAUACUUUUUUGUAAGUUGUAACAUUUUAAUUUUUGUAAUUAUCCAUUGUAUGUUGUCAGUGAUUAAAUUCUUUCAUCAAGCGGCGUUUCUGGGUAAUGGAGGGAAGAGAAGAGGGGAGGAGAGGAGAAAUUAUUUCAUAAUUGCACUUUUGCUGUUCACUUUUAGGUUACACCAUGACGGUAAUGAGUAUCUACACAGAGUCACUGACAGCACAGAUCAGCAUCACAACUGUGUUCACCAUCCUGGUGCUGGUGGGUGUAAUCGGCAACGCGCUGUCCUGUGUCGUCAUCCUCGCCAACCGCUCCAUGAGAACACCUAUGAAUUAUCUCAUUCUAAACCUGGCCGUAGCGGACAUCAUUGUGGUAGCGUUUGUCGCUCCCCGGUUCAUUCUAAUCCACGCCUUCAAGCACCCUGAGGGCAUCCUGGGAUCCUUGAUCUGCAAAGUGUUCACUGGUAGCAAUUUCAGCUGGCUGGGGGGCUCAGCGUCCGUGUUUUCAUUGGUGGCCAUUUCAGUUGAGCGAUACUUUGCCAUCAUUCACCCUUAUGGCAACCGCAAGCUGACCAUGAAGAAGCUCAAGUAUGUUGUGUGGGCUUGUUGGGUGUUCGCUGUUGUCUUCAACCUUCCCCUGUUCUUAACAAUGCAGUACAACAAAGAAAUUAACUUCUGCACGGAGUUCUGGCCUGAGCCAUGGAUGUCCCGUGUUUACAGCACUUCUUGGCUGGUUCUGAUUGGCGUGAUACCAAUAGUCCUUAUGUCUGUGCUUUACUGCCGAGUCAUUCGCCGGCUUUGGAUUCGUCCAGAAAAAAGCCCUCGCGUCACGCAAGCUGCGAUUCUCAAGUCGCGUAAACGCGUGACAAAAAUGGUGAUUGCGGUCAGCGCUGUCUACAGCAUCACUUGGUUUCCAGUCCUGAUCAUCUACAUGUUGAAUUAUUACCUCGAAAGCCAAGAGUACGGAAACAUCACCUACAUCAUCGGCAUUGUCAUUGUCACCUUUAACUCCUGCGUCAACCCGUUUGUGUACGUGUUCGUCAACGAGCGCUUUAGGAAUCACAUCAAGCGACUGUUUGAGCUGCCAUUUCAGAGGCAAAACCGGGUGCAGCUGGAACAACGAAUGACUCAGGAGAGAGGAGAGAGUAGCUCACAGCAGCAACGACAAGCUCUUGAAAUAACAGAUGGGAACGAAUGUUAGGGCUUAUCACUGUUAGGUUGGUGCCAGGGGCAUUCCAUUUACGAAAGGGUAACCCAAAGAAGCGAUUUUUCAUAUAUGUAAUCAGUAUAUAUCUUCAUUACGCUGUAAAUCUUUCCUUAACAAUUCAUUUCGAUCUUUUUACUUAAGACCAAUUUGUAGAAUUCUACUUUAAUACUUGUAUGCAAAUACUGCAAUCUGAUUGGCUGUGCUAUCGCUCAGGGAAGCGAUCCCCAUUACACAACUUACACAAGAGAGUGGUUACACUUACGAAUAUGAGCAGAAUAUUAUUUGCAGAAACACAUACGGACGGCAUUACGGAUGAGCAAAUUAAAUGGAAACAAACUUGGUGAUCGAAUGAUGAAACAAUUCUUUAACUCGGUUAUCGCGCGCAAAGUAUGGUGAUUUGUCGAUGUCUCGCAGAUCAAUUUAUUUGCCUCAGCCCUCGGCUUCGACAAAUCACUAUAUUUUGCUCAACCUCGUUCAAUAAUUGUUAAUUAUUUUACUUCUAUAGUACUUGUUAUUUUCUGUUGGGGGGUUUCCCCUGAAAAUAACGCUUGCAAGCUGAGCCCCCUGACCGCCUAACAAAUAAAUCUUGGAUUUGAAUAUGAUCGGCGUGCAUUAUCAAGGCACGUGGGAGGUUGGGGCUGACAAACAAAAUAUAACUUGCGUUAAUUCCGUUAUCAGACGGGGAUAUGGUCCAAGAAUGCACAUAGAAUAAAAGCUUUACUGGCUGUGCCUAAAUAUCAGACAUCAUUUCAAAUGAUCAGUCGUGUAGUAUAAAGCGAGUGACAUUGCAAAAUUCCGCUACUUUUUAUUCUCGUCAUUCAAUUGAAGUUUUUGGAAAUCACGCUAAUACACACACUUUAAUGUAUACUAAAGUUUCUUCCAGCAUGCGUGGUAUUGUUUCAAGGUUUUUAAUAUUGAAUAUUACGCGAGUGUUUGAGCAUAUUCAGUGAUUACUAAUUACUCUAUAACUAGUAUUAGAAAGUUACUCACUAAAUAUCGUUAUUUAUUCAUUUGACAU